GCAUUAAACCAAGCAAAACGAUCGGUCACAUCGGAACCGAACGGAACGCGACGCGGCACCACACAAAGCAAAGAAAAAAAGACCCGGUUAUUCCCCCAACGGAGGAAGUGUUCCUCAAUCAUUUAUUGACAGACGGCGGCAGCGUUUAGCACCAACAUAUUUGGAUAUACAAUAUUAGUAAUCAUUGCGGGUGAUUUACAUAGAAGAUGGGCGUACGAGUGAUUGAAGCAGAUGCAGCAUCAGCCUCAUCCGAUGAGGAAUGCUCAAAAUGUCAGAAAAAGCAGCACCAAGAGCAGCUGGAGAAGGAAUCACCGAAAGCAAAUAAAAGCAAAAGGAAUACACAAAAGUUACCCCAAGUGGGUAGCACAUUUAUAAGCAAGGAUCUGGUGGGCAAUUGCAAGGAAUAUCGCAUUGAACAUAAUACCAAAGAUCUGCGUAUCAUUGGCAAUGGCAAUCGCAUUCGGAUUGUAGAGAAUUCCGGCAAUCUGGAUAUUAUUGGCAAUGGCACAAAACUGAAAAUACAAAAUAACAAAGGCUCCAUCAAGUAUACAGGAAACGAUGGUAGAAUCUAUCUGGGCAAAGAGUCCGCUCAGCAGACAGUCAACUAUAUAGGCUGCAAUGGACUACUUAAAGUGGUCAAGACUUUGGAUCUUCAAGGGGGAAAAGAGAAUGGCAAGCCAAGGUCAAAGGCAAAAUCAAAGUCUCCACCUUCGUCACCAAGUGCGAAUGUGGAAAUCGAAAAUAAUCUAGUGAUCAAUGGUCUCCAUGGAAAUAUUUUAGUCAAAAAUGCCAUUAAUGUUAGCAUCUAAGCUAAGGAAACUGAAGGAAGGAAAGAGUCUAGGACCAAAGAUGAUAUGAAUUUCAAGAAUGGGUUCCUUUAACAAUCAGAUAUAUAUAUAUAAUCUAAAUUAAACCAAAAUUCUGACUGACCUAACCUAUAGUAUUAUAAUGUCCCAUAAUCAUUAUAUUUAUUAUAAAACAAAACAACAAAAAAAAAAACACCAAUCAUAUCAUGAACAAAUGAUUAAAUUGUUCAUUCCGUGAAUGAAUGAUCUAAGCUUAUAUAUAUGUAGAAAAAAUAACA